AUGGACGAGAAGGUUUUCGCUUUGAACGGGGCCGGUAGAGGUAUCUUUUACAUACCGAGUGAAGGGAUAUGGAUGACAGGGAAUUCAGAUACAAGCAGAGAGAGAAGGGGUUGGUAUGUGAUCGAGAAUGUCAUGUACUGUUGUGUAACGGGUGGGAGGAUACUUUGGUGUGAUGCAAAUGAAUUGGAUUGGCGCAAACACGAGGGGAUGGUGUGGAGAGAGGUCAUGGGAUUGAAAACUCUAACGGACACUCUAUGUGACUCCAGGCUAGUCAACUAUGGUGGGAGGAUGUCAGAGUUUGCAGAUCAUUGGAAGUCAUGCAAAAGGAAGAGGGUGUGGCAUGGAUUGACUAAUGAACUUGACAGAUUGCUUCCGGGGCACAAACUUAGUAACUCUGGUCCUAACAUGUUACUCUUUUGGGACGUGUUUGGUCCUGAGAAAUUGGAGAUUUGGUGUGCAGAGAUCUCUUUAAGGAGAUGCAAUGAGAGAGUUGAGAUUAGCGGCAAGAUUGAGUGGUCGGAAGCUGUCAUCACAUUCAAACCUCCUCCUCUACAUCAGCAUCACUGUAAGAUUUUGUAUUCUCUUUCUCUCAAUUUCUGA